AAACAAUCCUGCGAGGUUACAUGUCCAGCGGCUAAUUAUGUGAAUUUAUUGUCAACAGUCACGUAGCCGGAGAAGAGUACUGAUUUUCCUCUCUGUUAACGCAGAGAGGUCGGACUGUCGUUUGGAUCGCCGACCGUAUCGGGAAGGAGCUCUAGGAAAAUGGUCAAUGACAUUGCUUCGUGGAGGAUUAGACCCGGAGAAAACCAAAUUGGAGAUCAAUCAGUUGUAGACGAUGUUAAUAUACGCUCUUUUCAAAGUUUCGACCAGCAAAUCUGCCAAGAAAUCUUCACGAAAUGCUGUGAGACAUGGAUAAAAGACGCUUUGCAGAUGGAUUUGCCAAGAUAUUGCGCAUACGUUGGGGUCGAGAGUGUCUUCACACUCCUCUCCCUGGCUUUUUCAUGGUCCUUUUACACUAUCUGCAUAUAUCUUGGAAUUGUUCUCAUUACUAUGUUAAUAUUUUACCUUAAUGCCUUCAACCAAGGCUGGAAAUUCAUAAAUAGAUCCUUGGAGGAAGAUGUAAAAAACAUCAAGAACUCUUAUAUGAUCCAAAGCGGUAGUCACUUUUGGGUGGCUGUGUGGCGUGACAAAAUUGUUGGUAUGAUUGGACUUUUUGAAAAGGAGAGCUAUAAACUCAAGAUUGCCGAGUUAAAAAGAAUGUAUGUUUCUUCUGAAUACAGGGGGAAGGGUGUUUCAACGAAACUGCUCGAGAGGGCAGUGCACUACGCAAGAAUUCACCAUUAUGAUAGAAUUUUCUUGGAUACGACCAGUGCGCAUAAAGAUGCUCAUCGGUUCUAUAAGAAGCACGGCUUUCAACUUGUGAAUGUCCGUCCGUUUCCUCAGCUAUGA